AUGGAGCCGCGGGAAAGCCUCGACGACGAGGGCGCGCCUCCGCAAGCCUACCGUGACGACGAAAACGCGACGACACUUCCUGCCGAGUCAGCCGACGCCAUCGCGACUCCCGAGACAUCCGGUCAAGAGCACGACACCCCACAAGAGCCCUAUUACGCCAACAAGUACAUCCCGCCGCGGUUGCAACGUGUAUGGAACAAUGUUGUCGUAUGGGUCAAGGGUCCACAACCGCCCCGACCCUGGAAGAUACACCCUUUCUUCCCCAAGAUACAGACUGCGCCAAUCCAGUUGUUGAACAACUAUUUUCCUGAGAGAAGACAAAAGAUCGGCCUGUUGGUCUUUUUCUACUUCUGCUGGAUCCUGACCUUUGGCUUGGUCCUGCAUCGUAGCGCGUUUGCAGCGGACAUUCCUGGAUAUGGCAGCCCCGUGCGAAUACGGUGUACGGAUCGCUUCUGGGACGAUGGCAAUGGCUGCGGGCUCAACGGCGAUCUAUGUCGACCCUUUGAGAACAGCACCAUGCCUUUCCGCUGCCCCGCAAACUGUAAACGCGUGCAAUUGCUUAAUCCACAUGCUGUUGGUGACAAGAAUGUCAACUAUCGUCCAUUGGUUAUUGGCGGACCCACCGACGAGGAAAACACGCUGGAGAACACAUAUUACCGCGCCGACUCUUUCAUCUGCGGGGCUGCUAUCCAUGCUGGCUUCAUAAAUGACGCGUCGGGUGGCUGUGGAGUUGUUGCGCAGGUUGGCGAGAAGACUGACUACCCCAGCGUAAACAGGAGACACAUCAAGAGCAUUGGCUUUGAUUCGUAUUUCCCGCGCUCCUUCUCCUUUUUGCCCGGUACGGCAGCCAAAUGUCGCGACUUGCGGUGGCCAUUACUAGGCGUAUCGCUGACCUUUACCAUCCUGUUGUCUUUAUUUACUACCUCACCAUCCGUCUUCUUUACCUCCAUCUUUGUCGGUGUCUUCUUCCACGUUGCACUGGCAUCUGACCCUCCCAACUUGACUGAUUAUUACUCCAUAAUCAGUAUUGCUCUGUCACGCUUCCUUCCCGCGUCAUUCUGCAUGUAUGCUGUCUACCGGUUUGCAGUGCGUCGCCAACUGCAAGGUCUUCACGCACAAGUAGAGAAAACCAUCCUCUGGCUCGGAGGAUGUUGGAUCGGCGCUCUGAACAACUACACCUUCGACAAGAUUCCCAUAGAGCGUCUUACACCCCACGAUAUCAAGAACCAGCCAGGCGCUAUUCCUGCGCUUAUCAUUAUCGUCCUCACCCUCUUCGUCAUCGCUCUGGGACAGGCAUGGUCAUUCCGCGUCGAAGGUCGUCUACCGCGUUACCUUGCCCUCUACGGCAUUCUGGUGGCUGGCAUCCUGGCACUUGUUGCCAUACCAAGGAUGAACGUCCGCAUCCACCACUACAUCCUCGGCCUACUCCUUGUACCUGGCACAUCCAUGCAAACACGCCCCUCGCUUCUCUUCCAAGGCAUUUUGAUCGGCCUCUUCAUCAACGGGACCGCACGCUGGGGCUUUGCCAGUAUCCUCGAGACGCCUGGCGCACUUCGUGGUGACGCGCCCAUCGGGACCGUACUCCCACUCAUCACUGCGCCUAUCAUCCACAACAACUUCAAUCUCCACCAUCUGAGGCCCAACAUCACCUUCGAUUGGCAAUACCCAUUCCCUGAGCCUUAUGAUGGAAUGAGCGUUCUGGUCAAUGAUGUAGAAAGGUACCAUGAAUACGCUGACCGUAUGGAGGAAAGCUGGACGUGGACUAGACACAUGGAAGGCGUGAACGAAUACUUUCGAUUCGCUUAUAUAAGAGGCGGUGGAAGGGGGGAUUACACGAAAGCAGGAGUUUGGAGAGCGGAUGGUGGCUGGACAGACAUGGCCUCCGGGCCAUCGUAA